GGCUUCAGGUAUAUCAAAGGGUAGGGAAUUGAAGAGUUGAAGUAUAUGAAAGGGCAGGAAAAUCUAUCAUUUAAGUUUUUUAAAACAGGUUCCCUUACUUGUGUAAAUUAAGACCGUAGUUGUUCAGAAUAGUGAUUAUAUCGUAUCAGCAAAAAUCUGUAUUUUCCAUCGAUUCACUCAACAGGUAUUUGUCGCAACUGCCGGGUUAAUCUUGACAUGCAGAAAAUAGGGGAGCUGCCCACAAAGCUUCCGGAGACCAAGAACCUUUCUUACGAGGAAACUGAGACCAUUGAGACUUCUGUAAGUUCUGAACUGGCACUCAAUGGAAAUAGUGUUAUUAACAGUGGCACCAAACAAGGCCCGCGGGGCAAAAAAGAUAAAAAAAAAAAAAUGGAUAGCGACCUUAUCAUCACAAAGUCUGCAUGAGCGGGCCCCGUUUCCUUGCUGCCUUUCCUUAAAAUGUAACGAAUAAGGAUAGAGAGCACAAAUUAACCGAUUUCGUAGACAUCAAACUGUGUGCUGGUAUCCAAGAAAACAAUGCCAUAUGCUUAUUUUGUGCUUUCUACGUCAGUUUUUCCUGAGUUCCGCAGAUAAUGAAGAGGUUUAAUACCCCGUGCAUUUUAUGUCGCCCUUGCGUCUGCACACAGUUUAAAUUUAUUCAGCGGAUUUUCUAUUUUUAUUCUCACCAAAAUCUGAGAACUUGAAGCAGUGGCAACAAGUUAAAGACCACGUAGUCCGCGAUGGUAAGCUGAGGCCAAAUUGUUCUUUUAAGAAUAAAGGGUUCAUUUAAAAAAAACUGCAUUUUUGCUUCCACUUGCCCCCACCUACACACACGCAUCCCUCCACUUUAUACCGCCAGGGAUACGAGUUCAUAUGAUUUUCUCAAGGUUAAGGAUACGGUGAAUAACGCCCAGAAAAACGCUUCGGGUUUCCAAUAUACCACUCCGGGUUCCUCUACCACUCGCUUUAAAGUUCGUACUUAUUUGUCAUAAUGAAAGGUAUUUUAUGUAAUAAAUUAGGCACUUUUUAUCAUAAAUGAAGGCAGCAAAAAAGGUUUUAUUUUUAGUCCAUAAUAAAGGCAACAAAGAUCAGGAGGGAUUAUUGAUCUUUGUCUAAGUGUUGGUUAACUUUGAUAAUUAUGUACCCAAUUAAUUUUUUUUAAUACAGUUUACGUUAUAUUUAUUUUGCGUCCUUGUCUAGGGCGUGAUGUGUAACCUUCCAAUUGCUGCAAGUACUCCUUGUUCGGUGGUAGCACAUGACGUACUAGAGCAAGAAACGUCAUUAUAUUUACCAUCAACCCUCCUAGAAGAAACCGAGACAAGCACUACAGGAAUGAAGUCGGAAGAACCUAUUGACCACCUUAACAGUUUCUUAAGAAGUCGAGACGUUAGUCCUAUUAGGUACACCCUAAAGAAACCUUGGAACGAUGCCAGUGGAAGGACCAGACGACUGCAUGAGCGCAAAGCCAAGCAAGCGGUUUCAGCUAUUCUUGGUGAAAUAGCGCCUAAUGAUCCAGAUCUUCUCUAG